ACUGACGAACUCACACGGGAACACACAAGGGACACUUACUGAAGCGGUUGUUCUGACUUAUAUUUAUUGUGAGGAGUUUUAGAAUCUACAUGCAGUGUAUCAACUUCCCGUUUUUAAAUAAACAUUUUCCUGUUUGAGACGACACAUACAUUGACGAUGCCAGCGUUUUCUGGCGUGUUCUCGUUCUCCAACCCGGCGUCAAAGAAACUCCUGGGCUGGAAACAGGUGGAAGAGAAAUCCAAAUGGGCCGAGAAAGCCGUGGACGUGCUGGUCAAGAAGCUCAAGAAAACCAAAGGCUCUAUAGAAGAACUGGAGAAGGCGCUGGCUACCCGGGAUCCUAACUCCAAGUGCGUCACCAUCCCCCGUUCUUUGGACGGUCGUCUGCAAGUGGACUGUAGAAAAGGUCUGCCACAUGUGAUCUACUGCCGUGUCUGGCGCUGGCCGGAUGUCCAGUCUCACCACGAGUUAAAAGCUCUGGACAAUUGCCAGUUUCCGUUCAGCGGUAAAGAACACACGAAAGAAGUCUGCAUCAACCCGUACCACUAUCGCCGAAUCGAGAGUCCAAACCUACCACCAGUUCUCGUACCUAGAUACGACUGCGCUUUUGAACAACAGCCAGUUUCACGGUUUCAGGCCAUCCCAGAACCGAUAAUGCCUUUAAACGUGACGUACCCGUUCGACAUGCAGCAAAACUCACCAGGGUAUUGUAGUGCCUUUGACGUCCAGCAUCCGUCACCAAACCAGCUCUUGCAGUCAUCGCCUAACCCGUACGACAUUCAACACGCGUCACCAGGACAGUGUAAAUACGAGACUCUCUCGCCCAGCUCGUACACCAUACAGAACUCGUCACCCAAUCCAUACAGCAGUCAAAACACUUCUCCAAGUCCAUGCGGUCUUCAAAACACAUCCCCCAGCCCCUGCGGUCUUCAAAACACCUCCCCCAACCCCUACGACAUCCAACACUCCUCCCCGGGGACCUGCAACAUGCAAACCUCACCCUCAGCCUGCAGCUACAGUUCUGGCAGCCCCCAAGCCCUUCCGUCAGACACGCCCCCGCCAGCCUACCAAUCCCACGAGGAACUACUCAAACCACAAGCCCAUUUCCCAGACUCUGGAUCAGUGUACUUUCUCCCCAUCAGGUACCACGAAGCCCCGCAUUGGUGUAAUAUCGUUUACUACGAACUGAACGGCCGUGUAGGUGAACAGUUCAAGGCCACACCAAAAAGCAUCUUCAUCGACGGCGGAACCGCGCCCUCCUCUUUAGACCGUUUCUGUCUGGGCAGCCUCUCCAACGUACACCGAAACUCCACGAUAGAAAACACUCGUCGCCAUAUUGGAAAGGGCGUCCACCUUUACUACUACGGCGGGGAGGUGUACGCCGAGUGCCUCAGUGAUAGUUCGAUUUUUGUUCAAAGCCGAAUCUGCAAUUAUUUCCACGGGUUCCGCCCCAACACGGUUUGCAAGCUGCCACCGGGGUCAAAGAUCAAAAUAUUCAGCAACACGGAUUUUGCUUCACUGUUGACGAAUUCUGUGAACUCCGGGUUUGAGGCUGUCUACGAGUUAAGUAAAAUGUGCGUCAUCCGCAUGAGUUUUGUCAAGGGCUGGGGGGCGGAGUAUCAGAGACAGGAUGUGACGUCGACGCCAUGUUGGAUUGAGGUCCACUUGAAUGGGCCGUUGCAGUGGUUGGACCAGGUGCUAACUCAGAUGGGACCAUCAAACAUGCCAAUUUCAUCAGUUUCCUAAAUUUUUAACUUUUCAAAAGAACUUUUUUAACACUGCAAUGCACGUUUUGUGACAAAUGUGUCUAUUUUUUUUUUCUUGUUAGCUUGCUUGAUUUUAAAACUAUCCUCUUAUACAAUACACUAUUUUAAACAGUUUUGUGUUUACAAAUGCUUUUACAAUUUUAUAAGGUGUGUAUAGUAUUACAGUCAAAUAUUGAUGUAUUACGUCGGUUUUAUUGCAUUAGCUGUCUUUUAAUUUGUGCGAUCUUACAGAGGAUCAUCAUAUUAUUGUUGCACUGAAAUACCUCCAUGUACUUACACGUGUAUCAUCUCUUACAAUCCUACCACACUAUCUCCUAGCACUAUCAACAAAACCACCAAUCACCCAGCAUACCACUCACAACAUCCAAUCACCAACCACCCCCACACCAC